UGUGCAUUUUAGUCAAAUAUUGUUGAAGCUUUGUUGAGAAAAUUCUGAGUUUUAUUUUGAUCCUUGAUUGUGUUACAUGGCUGUCAAUGACACUAUAAAUGUGGGCUCAUCUGUCAGGACUUUUAACUUUCAAGUCAUUUUAGUUCAAGUUUUAGUCUGUGUUUUUCUCUGCAUUAACCUGUUUUUGAUCCUAACAUUUUUCAUGAAGGAGUACUUCCACACGGUCAUGCGCUACAUCUUGUUUGUGGUCACCCUGUUUUCCGACUCCCUGUUCCUGAUCAUGACUGACACGCUGCUGGUUUUGAGCUUUUUAAACUCCACUGUGCAAAUGUGGCUGUGCCUCAUUGUUUACACAGUUCUGUCCGUGUACACGUUUGUCACGCCUCUCACUCUCACGGUCAUGGUGCUGGAGCGCUACGUGGCCAUCUGCGUACCCCUGCGGCACGCAGAGCUGUGCAACACACAGGCCACCCUGCACCUCAUCCUCAUCAUUCACAGCCUCAGCUCUGUUCCCUGCAUUGUCACUAUCUCUAUUUUCUUUGCUUCAGCCCCCCGGGCCUUCUACACCGCAGGCAGGGUGUGCUCCGUGGAGAUGUUCAUCCUGCACACAUGGCAGGGUCAUCUGAGAUCAGCUCUGAGUCAGUUUUACUUCUUGGUUAUGUGUGCUGUGAUUGUUUUCUGCUACAUUCAAAUCAUGAAAGUGGCCAGAGCUGCGUCGGGGGAGGAUAAGAAGUUGACGUGGAAGGGGCUCAGGACUGUGAUUCUUCACGCUGUCCAGCUGCUCCUCUGCCUCCUCCAGCUGCUCUGCCCAUUCAUCGAAGCUGCUGUGCUGCAGGUUGAUGCCGUGUUGUUUGUUAAAGUCAGGUACUUUAAUUAUGUCACUUUUAUUCUCGCCCCUAGAUGUCUGAGCCCUCUCAUCUACGGUCUGAGAGAUGAUUUAUUUUUUCAGGCCAUCAGGUACUACGCACUCUGUGGUUUGUACAAAAAAUCCCCAUCAGGUUAA